AUGUACUCCUGCGCCAACUACCCCCGUGGCUGCCGAGGUCGCGUCAACCGCCAGGGCGCUAAAUGCUCCGACUGCGUCACUCUGAACCUGCGACGCCCGGCGUUCGCAUCUCCCUUCGCGCAACCGCGCGACUACAAGCGCGUGCUGCCCUCGCAGCUCCUCGCCGACUUCUCCAAAUCCGAUACUCCCGAGCUGUAA